ACUUUUUGUUUCACCCAAAAUAUGACGUAUGUCUAAAAUAUUUCUAAAUUUAGAACAACUUAAUUUCAUUUGAACUCAUGUCAUAGUCAUUUAUGUAUUAUUGUUUGAUUAAAAAUGAAGCAUAUAACAAAAACAAAGACAUUUGAGCAAAAUAUAUAUACAUAUUCUAUUUUUUUGUCAUUUUAUUUUCCAAGCAGCUUCGUCAUCAACUUUAACGAUGGAAUGUCUCACGAUCGCCGUCUAUGUCUACACAUUUUCCCUUUAGCCGGCAAAAUUUCAGUCUCCCUCUUUACUUUCGUCUUUGACAGCCACUAGCCGAGGAUGGCGCCGACCGCCGUGCAGCCCGCGCCCGAGGUGCUCCCAGAGACGGCCGCGGCGCGCGGACAGCGCUCGCAGGCCGGCAUCCGCGCCAUCCUGCUCGGGCCGCCCGGCUCUGGCAAGGGCACGCAGGCGCCGCUGCUCAAGGAGCGCUACGGGGUGUGCCACCUGUCCACGGGCGACAUGCUGCGGGAGGAGGUGGCGUCCGGCUCCAAACUGGGACAGGAGCUCAAGGCCACCAUGGACGCCGGCAAGCUGGUGAGUGACGAGCUGGUGGUGUCCCUGAUCGACUCCAACCUCGACUCGGCGCCGUGCGCGCGCGGCUUCCUGCUGGACGGCUUCCCGCGCACGGUGGUGCAGGCCGAGAAGCUGGACCAGCUGCUGGAGGCGCGCCAGAAGCCGCUCGACUCGGUGGUCGAGUUCCGCAUCGACGACUCGCUGCUGGUGCGCCGCAUCACUGGCCGGCUCAUCCACCGGGCCUCCGGCAGGAGCUACCACGAGGAGUUCGCGCCGCCCCGCGUCCCCAUGACGGACGACGUCACAGGCGAGCCGCUGAUGCGACGCUCUGAUGACAACGCCGAGUCGUUGAAGAAGCGACUCGACUACUACCACAAACAGACCAAGCCGCUCUGCGACUACUACAGCGGCAGAGGCAUCCUUGCCUCUGUGGACGCCGCCCAGAAAUCGGACGUGGUCUUUGCCAAUCUGACAAAGAUAUUCGACAGCGCGAAAUGUAAGGACCUGGUGAUGUUUGUAUAGCCGAGCGUUCGCCGCUCGUCUGUAGCGUGCCUGCUGUGUGAGGGCCGCGGCGCCGGCGGCUCCCGCUCCCAAGGAGCGUCUCCUGCCCGCUGCCGGAGGGGCCCUGUGACCCGACCUGACCCGGCCGGGGUCAGCGACCGGCGACUGGCGGUCGGCGCCGACUGCGACCAGCAGCAUAAUGCGUCCGGGGCAAUAGACGACUGAGAUACCUGCCGCAAUGUGUUUGGCCUUAUUCGGUUGUGUUCUUUUAUAUUGGGCUGGCUGAGUACAACGACAGUAUUUUCUGGGAGACUGCGGAGUAGAUGGGAAUCAUGAAUACAAAUAUCGCACAACA